AAACAAAGACAGUAAAGUAUAUAGCGAGCAUGACUUAAAGACGCCACUUUCCUAAUCUUUUCCUACUCCGAAUGGGAAACGGCCAACGCGGCGCAUAUUUGACCCACCGCCUCUCUUCGCCUUUUCGGAUUCAAUUCAAUUUACGAGCGAUUUCUUUCAUCUUUCCCCGGGUCUCGGGAAACCCGGCUGAAAUUGGCGAAUAGUUUCGUCUGGGUGUAAUUUUGUCGAUUUGGGGUUGUAAUUGCCCCGUGGAUUUUCGUGUUUUCGAUUCUGUUUUUGAUUUUUCUUUUUUAGGUGUUUGGAUUGGGCCGACUUGGGGUGGGGGAUUUGACUCUUUUUUUUUUUAAGGGGAUAUUAGGGUUUUGAUGUUCUUAUUUUGGGAUUUGAGAUGAUGAUGGUGGACCGAGACGAGGGAUCGUCGUCUGCGUUUGUUUUCGACGCGGAGGACGACGCUGACGAUGUUUUACUCGAUGUUGAUUCUUUGAUUGGCACUUGGGGAGUUCCUCCGGGGGCCUCACAACAAGAGGGUAAUAUGGCUGAAGAUCUCCCUCCUGUUGAUGGCCUAAAAGAAAUGCAGACUUCAACAGAUAUGUUGCCAGGUUCAGAUUUUUCGUACCUGCCAAACAACUCUGAAGCCUUGGUUUCUACAGGAGGAUAUUUGGAUGGUUUCCUUGAAUCUGAUUGGAAUUAUGGUGUUCCCGCAAGCCAAAAGAUUGAAACUUCAUCCCAGAGUCAGAGCAAUGAUUUGUACUAUGGUUAUGGACACAAUGGCUCACUAAAUGCCUCAUCUUCUUACCAAAAUGAGGAUUCACAUGGGAAAACAUUAUUCAAGGGAACUAAUAUUGGAUCUUCCUUCACACAAAUGGAAAACUCAGCUGCCAUAGAUGGGGACAAGAUCUCCUUUGAUGUCUCUAAUACUGAGUCUAGUUCAGGGGAUAUUGCUGGAGCAGACAUUUCAGAUAUGUUAUCUGAAAAUAGUGAUAUGUCUCUUUUUCAUUCGGAGGAUCAACCAUAUUUUCCUGGAUAUAGUUCGUUAGGAUAUUCUGAUGACAUCUUUGAUUCACAUUUGAAGUAUUUACCCCUUACAAAAGAAGAAAUUGAAGAAAAAAAUUCAGACUUUAGGAUGAAUCGUCUUCCUUUUAUAGCUGGUGAAACUCACAACAACAAUUCUACUUUUGUUGCUCCAGAUUGUUAUCCAGAAUUGCGUGUUUCAGAGCAAAAAGGUUUAGUGGCUCUGCCUCCGUUUAAGGGGAAUAUUAGUUCCUUACAGCUGGAAAAUGAGAUUCCGAAGUUCAGUAAUCUUUUUCAUGCAAAAUAUACUCAGAACAAGGUUCAAAAUAGUACCCGCACGGAGAUCGAUGUCGAAGAUGAUUCCGAUCUGUGUAUUUUGGAGGAUAGAAGCACUCCUGCACGUCCAAACCAUGGGAUGAGCAUUAAGCCAGCUAUUUCAUCACAUCACUUGCCUUCAAGAGUUCCCACAAGUCAAGUGGCUGUAUCUUCAAGGUUUAAACCUAAUGAUGAACGGGUCAUUUUUCAAGUUGCUCUUCAGGAUCUUUCACAACCGAAGUUAGAGGCUACCUUACCUGAUGGCCUUUUGUCAGUGUCUCUACUGAAACACCAGCGCAUUGCUUUAUCCUGGAUGGUCAACAAGGAAACAAGAGGUGGAUGCUGUUCUGGUGGCAUUCUUGCAGAUGAUCAGGGACUUGGAAAGACGAUAUCAACAAUUGCCCUGUUACUGAAGGAAAGGUCCCCAUCAUCAAAAACACCUGAGAGAAAUGAAAAACAAGUCAAGACAGAGAUGCUGAAUUUGGAUGAGGAUGAUGAUGGUGCCGAAGAGACUUUGGCUAGAAUUGAAGGACCUGAAUCUCAUCCCCUUAAUGCAUUGCCUGCUAAUGGUGGCAAGGCAUCUGUGCAAGCAAAUGGUCGGCCUUCUGGUGGCACUCUCAUUGUAUGCCCUACAAGUGUUCUUCGCCAGUGGGCCGAUGAGUUGCAGAAUAAAGUAUCACGUAGUGCCAAACUUUCUGUUCUGGUAUAUUAUGGAAGCAGUCGGACAAAGGAUCCUUAUGAACUGGCACAACAUGAUGUGGUGAUUACGACAUAUGCAAUUGUGAGUAUGGAGGUGCCUAAACAGCCUGUUGUUAAUGAAAAUGAAGAUCAAAUUGGCUCUUCAUAUAAAGAAUUUUCGUCCAGCAAAAAAAGAAAGUUAAAUGAGACUACUGGCAAAAGAUCCUCCAAGAAGAGUAAAAAUGGAGUCGACAAUGAAUUGCUUGAAAAUAUAUCUGGUCCACUUGCCAAGGUUGGAUGGUUUAGGGUUGUGUUGGAUGAGGCUCAGAGCAUUAAAAAUCAUCGCACUCAAGUGGCCAGGGCUUGUUGGGGUCUUCGUGCCAAGCGCAGAUGGUGUCUGUCCGGGACACCUAUCCAGAAUGCCAUUGAUGAUCUUUAUAGCUACUUCAGAUUUCUUAGACACGAGCCUUAUUCUGUGUUCAAAACUUUUUGUGAGCAAAUCAAAGUGCCAGUUCAUAAGAAUCCGAAGACUGGUUACAAAAAACUACAAGCAGUGCUGAAGACAAUUAUGCUGCGAAGGACCAAAGGUACUAUCCUUGAUGGAAAGCCAAUUAUCAAUCUCCCACCCAAAACAGUAGAUCUUAAAAAAAUUGAUUUUUCCAAAGAGGAACGUGAUUUCUACUGUAGAUUAGAGGCUGAAUCACGCGCGCAAUUUGCGGAAUAUGCUGCAGCUGGAACGGUCAAACAGAACUACGUUAACAUACUGUUAAUGCUUCUCCGGCUUAGACAAGCUUGCGACCACCCCCUUCUUGUAAAGGGGUUCAAUUCCAAUUCAAAUUUGAACCAGUCCAUCGAGGCGGCAAAGCAGCUUCCUCAUGAAAAGAAAGUUUACCUCGUGAACUGUUUGGAAGCGUCGUUGGCUAUCUGUGGAAUUUGCAAGGAUUCUCCAGAAGAUGCUGUUGUAACUGUUUGCGGACAUGUAUUUUGCAAUCAGUGCAUAUGCGAGCAAAUGAUAGGUGCCGACAGCCAAUGCCCCUCCAAGAAGUGCAGAAAGAAUCUCGCCAAGUCAAGUGUGUUUUCGAUAAUCGCCCUACGGACUGCUCUGUCAGAGCAGCCAAGCAUUGAAAACAACGUGAAGUCUGAACCUGAUGCUACCCAAUUAUCCGAGCCUCAAUCAUUGAUGUGUCCCCAAGAUUCUUCCAAAAUCAAGGCCGCCCUCCACAUCUUGCUGACUCUGUGCGGACCUCAGGAUUGCACGACAAAAACAAAAGACGACCUCUCUGAUGAUGCAGAAAAGGUACGCACCUCUGAAAAUAACGGGGCUUUGGAUGUGAAGAGCGAAUCUGCCAAAGGGCAGAAAGCAAUUGUGUUCUCGCAGUGGACAGGAAUGCUCGAUUUGCUCGAAGCUUGCUUGAAAACUUCUGCAAUUCAGUAUCGCAGACUUGACGGCACGAUGUCUGUUUCUUCCCGCGACAGAGCUGUGAAAGAUUUCAAUACUAUUCCCCAGGUUUCUGUCAUGAUCAUGUCCCUGAAAGCUGCGAGUCUCGGCCUCAACAUGGUUGCAGCCUGCAAUGUCAUCCUCCUCGAUCUGUGGUGGAACCCGACGACUGAAGAUCAGGCUGUCGACAGAGCACAUCGCAUUGGGCAAGUUCGUCCUGUCUCUGUUUUCCGGCUGACUGUUAAGGAUACCGUGGAGGAUCGGAUCCUGGCUCUACAGCAACGAAAGAGGGAGAUGGUUGCAUCGGCGUUCGGAGAGGACGAAACGGGCAGCCGGCAGACGCGACUGACGGUUGAAGAUCUCAAGUAUUUGUUCAGGGUCUGAUCAUCUGAAUCUAUCCAUAUGUGAAGGUUGGUUGGUUAGUGGUAAGAUUCUUUGAAGGCUCUAACAGCUGCUGCAGCUGCAACUGCAAUUUUACUUUUUCUUCUUUAUUUUCUUAUUUUUUGUUUAAGCUUUGAGGAGGUGAUUUUUGGGGAAGGAAUUAUUGUUAGUUAUUAAUUAGGGAAGUGGAAAAGAGAGAAAAAGAAAAACAGAUUUGGGAAUAUAUUUUGCCUGCAAAGGUAAACCAUCUUCAGACAAAAGAGCUUCUUCUUCUUCUUC